GGGGGGCGAGGGGGCUCGGGCGCGCGGGAGCGGGAGCCGCCCGGGGAGCCCGAGCGCACCAUGGAGGCGGCGGCGGGCGGCCGCGGCGGCUUCCAGCCGCACCCGGGGCUGCAGAAGACGCUGGAGCAGUUCCACCUGAGCUCCAUGAGCUCCCUGGGCGGCCCGGCCGCCUUCUCGGCGCGCUGGGCGCAGGAGGCCUACAGGAAGGAGAGCGCCAAGGAGGCGGCCGCGGCGCCGGCGCCGCUGCCCGCGGCCGCCGAGCCGCCGCCCGUGCUGCACCUGCCCGCCAUCCAGCCGCCGCCGCCCGUGCUGCCCGGGCCCUUCUUCAUGCCGUCCGACCGCUCCACCGAGCGCUGCGAGACGGUGCUGGAGGGCGAGACCAUCUCGUGCUUUGUGGUGGGCGGCGAGAAGCGCCUGUGCCUGCCGCAGAUCCUCAACUCGGUGCUGCGCCACUUCUCGCUGCAGCAGAUCAACUCGGUGUGCGACGAGCUGCACAUCUACUGCUCGCGCUGCACGGCCGACCAGCUGGAGAUCCUCAAAGUCAUGGGCAUCCUGCCCUUCUCGGCGCCCUCGUGCGGGCUCAUCACCAAGACCGACGCCGAGCGCCUGUGCAACGCGCUGCUCUACGGCGGCGCCUACCCGCCGCCCUGCAAGAAGGAGCUGGCGGCCGGCCUGGCGCUGGGCCUGGAGCGCAGCGAGCGCAGCGUGCGCGUGUACCACGAGUGCUUCGGCAAGUGCAAGGGGCUGCUGCUGCCCGAGCUCUACAGCAGCCCCAGCGCCGCCUGCAUCCAGUGCCUCGACUGCCGCCUCAUGUACCCGCCGCACAAGUUCGUGGUGCACUCGCACAAGGCCCUGGAGAACCGGACCUGCCACUGGGGCUUCGACUCGGCCAACUGGCGGGCCUACAUCCUGCUGAGCCAGGACUACACGGGCAAGGAGGAGCAGGCCCGGCUCGGCCGCUGCCUCGACGACGUCAAGGAGAAGUUCGACUACGGCAACAAGUACAAGCGGCGGGUGCCUCGGGUCGCCGAGCCUCCAGCCUCCGUAAGAGCCAAAACAGACGACGCCUCUUCCCAGUCCCCCGCGUCUUCCGACAAGGACAAGUCGUCCAGCUGGCUGCGGGCACUGCCUGGCUCCUCCAGCAAGGGCCUCAGCUGUGUGCAUCCUCGCCAGCGUCUCUCUGCGUUCCGACCCUGGUCCCCUGCAAUCUCCAGUGAGAAGGAGCUGUCACCCCACCUGCCGGCACUGAUCCGAGACAGCUUUUACUCCUACAAGAGCUUUGAGACUGCCGUGGCCCCCAACGUGGCCCUUGCGCCACCAGCCCCAAAGGUCGUGAGCAGCCCGCCGUGCACCGUCGUAUCCCGGGUGCCAGAACCUCUCCCCACGUGCAUCCAGCCACGGAAGCGAAAGCUGGCAGUGGAUGCCCCUGGAGCCCCAGAGGUGCUGGCACCUGGCCCUGGCCCGGAGGAAGACAAGGACUCGGAGGCAGAGGUGGAAGUGGAGAGUAGAGAAGAAUUCACCUCCUCCCCGUCCUUUGCCUCGUCCAGCUCCGCCAAAGACCUGAGCUCCCCAGGCGUGCGUGCCCCACCCUCGGCUGCCCCAGACCCUGUGGCCCAGGCUGAUACUCCGAGCGGGCUGGAGGCAGAGCUGGAGCACCUGCGACAGGCCCUGGAAGGCGGCCUGGACACGAGGGAGGCCAAGGAGAAGUUCCUGCACGAGGUGGUCAAGAUGCGCGUGAAGCAAGAGGAGAAGCUGAGCGCAGCCCUGCAGGCCAAGAGGAGCCUGCACCAGGAGCUGGAGUUCCUGCGCGUGGCCAAGAAGGAGAAGCUGCGGGAGGCCACGGAGGCCAAGCGCAGCCUGCGGAAGGAGAUCGAACGGCUCCGUGCCGAGAACGAGAAGAAGAUGAAGGAGGCCACGGAGGUGCGCCUGCGCCUCAAGCGGGAGCUGGAGCAGGCGCGGCAGGCCCGGGUAUGCGACCAGGGCUGCGAGGCCGGCCGCCUGCGCGCCAAGUACUCGGCCCAGAUCGAGGACCUGCAGGUGAAGCUGCAGCAUGCCGAGGCCGACCGUGAGCAGCUGCGGGCCGACCUGCUGCGGGAACGUGAGGCCCGCGAGCACCUGGAGAAGGUGGUGAAGGGGCUGCAGGAGCAGCUGUGGCCCCGGCCCGAGCACACGGCCGGUGAGGGCACUGCCGAGCUGGAACCCUAACGGCCGCAGCCCGGACUUGCCCACCGGCGCGGCGGCCGCCAGCACACGUCUCACUGUGCCUCCCUGCGCGGUGUCAGCAGCCACAUGCUGGCGGGGGCCACUGCCCAGGGACCGGCUCCCGUGGCAGCUCGUGGCUGCUCCUCCGCUUGCUAGAACAUUCUAACAUUUACACUUUUGUUAUAAGCUAUUUAAACCAAUAUGGAGACUUGAGACUCAGAAAACCAACCUUUUUUAAUGACCGACUUUUCAAAGCCCCAACACGUGAUGCCAUCCGAGACCCGGGGCAGCACCGCCUGCCCGCCGGGAAGCCAUCUCCACCCCUCGGUGCCCACGGCGGCAGUGGACAGCACAGAUGUCUUCAGAGUCUAUUUUUUCAGCCCUGGGACCCGACUCCCUCGCUGCCGCCAGGAGGAGUGGGGGGAGGGAGCACCACGUGCGAGAUGAGCCCACGCUGCCCGUCUGAUGCCCCAUGCCAGGGCACCAGGAAGGGCAGGCCCAGGCGUUGUGCAGGGACCGUCCCUCGGCCCCCUGGGCCCCCUCGGCCCCAGGGCCCAUCCGCCGCCCGCAGGCCCUGACCUGCGCCCGGUGGGGGGGGCCUGGCCGGCCGGGCCCACCCUCAGCCCCUGAGCCCCGUGCCUAUGGCACCUCCCCCUUGAGGUCUGAGGCUGCAGCGUCGGAACAACGCAGCAUCCCAUCCCGUGUGUGCGUGCGUCCGUCCGUUCAUGUAGCCGUGACCCUGUACCUAGAACUGCACUUUGUCCCCGCCCUGCUCCCGUCCCCGGUGAGCCGAGCUUUUCCCCGACGGAGCAGCCCUCAGUGCUGCUCAGGCCCUCUGGUGCUCGCAACAGGGAGUCCCACGGAACGGAGACGCCGCGCUGGACCGAGGGGGUCGCUCUGUGCCUUCCAGCAUCUUGUACAGCCCACCCUGACGCGUCUUACGCCCCCGUCUCCAGUAGCGAUGGAACCUGCCAGAAUAAGUUAGUGCAUUUAUUCCAGAUAAUCUCGUUUACUCGCGACUGUUUAUGCAAAUCAUAGAAGGUUUCUGACGCCCAAGCUUGAAGAACGACUCUGCGGUGGACAAGAGGCGGCCACCAGCCCGUGAUCGAGGUAUUUAUUAACGGAAGGAAAGUCUUCACUCGAAGCCGUAACCACAAACCGUGGCUGCCGACCCUUAGGCGGUACCGCCUGCAAGUCGCCCCAGCCCCUGCCAAGUGCCCUGCUAAGGGGCAUGGCCUGUGCGCCCCCUCCGGGGCAGGUCCACCCUGGGCAUUAGCUCGUGGAUACCCCCUGCCCUGUUUUGCCACGUGUCUUUUCCAUCACUUUCUUGAGGGAAACCAAGUGGUUUUGUCAGAGCCUAGCUUUAAUGUGUCGGCCUCCGUGUGGCUUCUGUGUCACCCAGCCUGAGAUGGCAAGGGCCAGCCAGGCUGCCAGUCCCCUCGCUCCGCAGGGAGAAGCCGGGGGUGGAGCCUCUCCUGGCCUGGCUGGGCUCUGGCCCAGCGCCCCACCCCGGCCCUGGAAGCCGAGGCGGACAGGCUCCCUUCACCAGCAGCUCAGCCCCGCUGGGCCCUGUACCCCUGAGGCCUGGAUGCCCACCCUGGGCUGGGCUCCAGUUCUCCGGGCAGCUUCGUGCCCUGGCUCCCUCCCGGUGCCUGUGGGGGCCGGGGUCGGGCAUCCCCUGGGCAGGCUAGGCUGUUGACUCCCGUCUAGGACCCUCCACCAGACGCCGUCCGUCCAGUGUCCGUCCAGUUGUUUUCUCUGCCAGGAGAGAAGGUAUUUUACGAAGGGAAAACCAACAGCAAUAACGUUGCUAUCUCGAGCAGCUAAGCGCCACUAACUGCCGCAGCCAGGGCGAGGACCGCUGUGCGCAUCCCUCCGCGACGCCGUUGUAUCAUACGCGGACAUGCCGGCCCCUCCUCCCCGUGCCCGUCCUGUUUUCUGGGUUUUAACGGACAUGCUCCAUGCGGGGGCCAGAGAAGCGCCCACCGCCGGCCCGAUCCUGUCCACUGCCGCCCGCUGGGCUGGGGCGGGGCGUUUCCGUUCUUGCUUUAAGUCAGGAGUCACAAAUGACUUUUUUUUUCAAUUAAGGAAAAAAAGAAAAGCCACUUCGACCUUUCCAGCCCCGGCCACCCCGCACCCCGCGACCUUUGCUGCUGCUACGAUAUUGCUUCCUCGGCUACUCGGGAACUAUUUUUAUGUAAUUAAUGUACGCUUUCUCGUUUAUAAAUGCCUGAUUUCAACAGA